CCACGUAGCAAAUCACCCUCAACUAGAAAGUGGAAUUGUUGAAGCCGUCCGAACUCCGAAGUCCAAACCCAACUUCGUCGGCCGCCGCCGUCGCCACCACCGCCGCCAUGACCCACCACCUCCGAGUGCGCGUCCUUUCUCUUCUCCUCCAUACCCCAUCCCAUCCCCCAGCCUCCCGCAUCUCUCCUCACCGCCUCCUCUCUACAGCCGCACCCACUUCCGCAGAACCCUUCGCCGUCGAGGACCGCCUCCUCUCCACAGCCGCACCCACUUCCCCAAAACCCUUCGCCGUCGAGGACUACCUCGUCGCCAGCUGCGGCCUCACCCGAGCCCAAGCUCUCAAGGCAUCCAGGUAUCUCUCCCACCUCAAGUCCCCUUCCAACUCCGACGCCGUCCUCGCCUUCCUCUCCGGCCUCGGCCUCCCCCGCUCCGACAUCACCACCGUGGUCGCCAUCGACCCGCGGUUCCUAUGCGCCAGCGUGGAGAGGACCCUAACUCCCCAAGUCGCCGAGCUCGGAUACCUCGGUCUGUCGCGCCCCCAGAUCGCGCGCCUCGUCCCGCUCGCCCUGAGCUCCUUUCGCAUCAGUUCCCUCGGCCGCAACCUCAGCUUCUGGCUCUCGGUUUUCGACGGCUCAUUCGAGACGCUCCUUCAGGUCCUCAGGUAUAACUGCGGCAUCCUCAGGGUCGGCAUCGAGAAAGUGGCCAUGCCCAACUUGGCCUUCCUCCAGCAAUGCGGCAUAAAUAUCUCUGAAGUUGCCGUUAUGAAUAUGUACUCCAGCCGGCUGUUCACUCUGAAACCGAAGUCUCUACGGGAGGCUGCGGAGCGAGUAGAGGAGUUAGGCGUAAAGCGGGGAUCGCGGAUGUUCCCCCGUGCACUUGCUUUGGUGGCGUUCAUGAGCAAGGAGGAUGUUGCUCGGAAGAUAGGGCUGUUACAGAAGAUUGGCUUCUCACAGGAUGAUGCUUUAGUAAUUGUGAGGAAAGCACCACCUGUCCUGCGCUUAACCGAGGAAAAGAUUAAGCGGGCUAUGAAUUUCUUGACGACGGAUGUAGGUCUGGAGGCACCAUACAUUGCAGAAAGACCAGCGCUGUUCAUGUAUAGCCUUGAGCGGCGGUUGUUGCCCCGACAUUUCCUGCUCAAGGUUCUCAGGGAGAAAGGAUUGCUGAACAUUGAGUUUGACUACUACUACACAGCCUCGAUGGCGGAGAAUAUUUUUCUGCAAAAGUUUGUUCAUCCUUAUAAGGAUCAUGUCCCAGGCCUCACUGACGAUUAUGCCUCCAGAUGUUCUGGGAAGGCUGCUGGGCAAGAAGUCUGAACUGGAUGAUGCUAAAGCUCGUUCUGGGAAAGUACAGGUUGAUUGUUGCAAAGUGGCGAUAAACGUUAAGGCUUGUCAUUGCCUUGUUUUGUUCUGGCAAUCUUUCCGAUUUAUCGUUCAACAGGUUGAUAUUUCUCACCAUAUGGUUCUUGAUAUCACUCUAGCUGUCUAGCUACAUGCUUGUGCUCAAAUUAUUAUUGCUAUUUAGUUCAGUUAUGAAGGUUGCAAUAGAUUAGUGAGUGCAACAAGUUAACAGCUUGCUUUCUGUAUGUGAUCCUGCUUUUUCCAGCUUGCACUAGCUUUCUUCUUAUAUAACAAAGUUGGUAUC